CAUAUCUGUUUAUUAGCAUUUGUUGUUUAUAAACCGUAAAUUUGAGAGUUGUGGUGAAUUAGAUCUUAAAUCUAUAAUUAGAUAGUCAUAAAAUUUAACACAAAACAUUCCAUUCUUGUUGUCGCAGAAAAUACUUCUAAAAUAUUUCUUUUUUGUUCAAGAAUGACUGAUCCAACACUCGUAUACAGGCGCUACCAUGGCUACGUCAGCACCGCCAUUUGUUUGACUGGAAUUGUGGGAAAUGUUGUAAGUUUCAUCGCAUGGAGCUUCAAAAAGUCUCAGAAAUCCACGUACUUCAUAUUAUCCUUUCUAGCCAUUGUUGAUGCGCUGUGCCUGCUAAUGUUCCAAAUAUACAUAGUCUCCUUCUUCAUGGUGAUGUCGCCAAAUAAGGAAGACACGUAUACCGAAGCGGGAAUGUAUGUUGUGAUGAUAAGUUUCCACUUGUUCAUUGCAUUUCACAUGCUUUCCACGUGGCUAACGAUUAAUAUGAUGAUUUUCAGAUUCCUAAAAAUUGUGAAACCCGCGUUGGCGUCAAAAGUUUGUACACUGAGGCGCGCGAAGAUAUCGGUAACAGUUGUCACCGUCGUAGUGCUGGCGGCGUCAUCAGCGAACUAUCCUUUCUACAAAGUUGAGAAAAUUAGAAGUAACUCAACAAAUACGUCCAGUUAUUUUCUUGAGCCUACAUCAUUUACGAAAUCUAAUCCUGGAUAUCCCACUUUGCUGCUGUGGAUUUACGGCGUGGUCGUCAAAAUAAUUCCCAUCGUGACAAUUCUGAUUUUAUGCACUUUAAUCAUUUGUCACAUUCAAAAGGCGAAAAGACGUAUCCAUGACAUUACUCAAAAUCACGCUUCAACUGAACAAUACAAUCAAACGACACUGAUGCUCUCAGUAGUUGCUUUUAUUUAUGUUCUCACUGAAUUGCCCAUUGGUGUCAUGACCUUCAUUUCAGGUCUCCAUGGAGAUGACGGACAUCUUUUUUACUUUCUGUUAUUUUCAGGCGUUGGAGACUUGCUUGAUCUGUGUACGUUGAUCAACAGCACCGCUAAUUUCUUUGUGUAUAUCUCCAUGAGUCGUAAUUUCAGAAGUAUUCUUACUGAUAUGAUAAAAUGUAAAGUCAAUGACUAA